GAAGUCGAAGAAUUAGUUGAAGAAUGGCAACCAGAACCACUUGUACCAACUAUUACGGAAAAUCAACGUGUGGAAUUGGAAAAAUUUCCGAUCUUAAAUGGCCCACAGGGUCCAAAAGUUAAAUUAGUAAAUUGCAAAAAUUCUUUGAUAAAUCUGGCCAGUUUUGACUUUCUUGGAUUAACUACAAAUCAGCUAAUUAAGGAAAAAGCAAUACAAAUUCUUAGAAAAUAUGGCGUAGGUUCAUGUGGUCCUCCGGG